AGUCCAAAAUCCAGAGAGAGGCAGAGAGCACAGCGGAGAGAAGGAAGGAGGACUGUAAAACUCCGCCUCCGGACUCGAUCAUUUCACAUUCCUUAUUCACAGCCCCUCACGUUAGAGAAUAUAGAGAAAGGGAGAAGAAGGGCACAAGAAGAAGGAGAGCAAAACGACAAUGGCAAUAAUCAAAACGUCUGAGCUUGACAUAUCCGAUCAUAGCGCAUCUGCAACGUCGACUUGGGCAUGGAGCACUCGCGCCAUACACAGAGCUCAGCUGAAUGACGUUACACCUGGUUUGAGGACAAAAUGAGGGUGAUCUUCAUCCAGAACGCCGGUUUCGUCGCUGCUUUCUCGGGAGGCAAUGACGCUGAAGGUUUCGCCUGUUAGUUGUGAGUUAACGAUGUUGGCAGCAUUUUUACGGAAGAUUAUAUGAACGGCCUAGAAUAAACGAAAGACUAUGAGAUAAUAAUGCCAGUAUAGGCUACUACACGGAUAACGAGAAUAGAAUAGCCUGAUGUUUAAAUAACCUAAAUAAAAUAAAAUAUUUCUGGAUUGCUAAAUUUUGAGCACCAUUGUUCAUACCCGAGGAGACAUACAAUCGAAAGUGGAUUCAGCUUCCGACAUGCAUUCGUCUGUCGAAUGCUGAAUACAUAUUUAGAGGACUGCAGCCCUAGAAUAUACCUUCAUAGUAAAACAUGUUUAAUAUGCAUUGCAUUAUGUAUCAGGCGCGCAAAGACAGGUGAUGUCACAUGUCUCCUUUAUAACCCUUUUGUUUUUUAUUUAAUCGUAUAAUAAUGACUCACUCUUGUAAGCCGACAAAGGAAUGACUAGAUGUGGAGAGAAUUCUUUGAUCAGAAAAGAAUGAACAAAGGGAGUGAUCAUUAGACAAUCGGAAUAAUUUCUAUGUUUAUUACUAUAAUAUUUACGCAUUAUUCCUUGUAAUUUAUUUUAUUUAUUACGACUAUUAUUAGGCCUAUAAUAAGUAUAACUAUAGUAUAAAUAUUUGUAACAAAUAGCUUAGUUUAAGAUAUUUAACCGUGGGAAGUUAGUUUGAAUACUUCCCCAGAGAUGGAAACAGCUUGUCUCUCGGCCCACCGAGGGCUGACCCGUCCUGAGGCCAAACAAACCCCCACCUCGGUGGGUAAACCAUCUAGGGGUGAUCUGUCCCCUCCAUCGUUACCUGCCGGUCAUUCAAUGGCAGAGACACCGGCAGCUAGCGAUGGCAGCAGGAGAAAUUCAGGCUUCAAGAAACACCACCACAAGCAUAACCUGAAACACCGCUACGAAUUGCUCGAGACUCUCGGAAGAGGGACCUAUGGCAAAGUCAAGAAGGCAAUUGAACGACACUCCGGCAGAGAGGUGGCGAUCAAGUCCAUCCGGAAGGAGAAGAUCAAGGAGGAGCAGGACAUGGUUCACAUCCGCAGGGAGAUAGAGAUCAUGUCCUCCCUGAAACACCCCCACAUCAUCUCUAUUUACGAAGUGUUUGAGAACAAGGACAAGAUCGUGAUCGUGAUGGAGUAUGCCAGUAAGGGCGAGCUGUAUGACUACAUCAGUGAGCGCCGGCGCCUGAGCGAGAGAGAGACACGACACUUCUUUAGACAGAUAGUCUCUGCUGUGCACCACUGUCAUAAGAACGGCGUGGUGCACAGGGAUCUGAAGCUGGAAAAUGUGCUACUGGAUGAAAACUGUAACAUUAAGAUUGCUGACUUUGGGCUGUCCAACCUCUACCAUAAGGACAAACUGCUGCAGACGUUUUGUGGCAGCCCGCUCUACGCAUCACCGGAGAUAGUCAACGGAAGACCCUACCACGGCCCAGAGGUAGACAGCUGGGCUCUGGGGGUGUUGCUGUACACCCUGGUCUAUGGGACCAUGCCGUUCGAUGGAGGAGACCACAAGAACCUCAUCCGCCAGAUCAGCAAUGGGGAGUACAGAGAGCCCACCCAGUCCUCAGAUGCCCGCGGUCUGAUCCGAUGGAUGAUGAUGGUGAACCCAGAGCGGCGGGCCACGGUGGAAGACAUCGCCAACCACUGGUGGGUCAACUGGGGCUGGAAGAGCAGCGUGUGCGACUGUGAGACACAGCGGGACAGCGGCACCUCCUCUCCCAUGCUGGCCCGCUUCAUUGACUGGCAGAACCGCACCGAGCCACGGCCGGGAAAACCCACCACCCUGCUGCCCCUGGUCCUCCGCCAGCGUCCCAAGAAGUCCAAGAAGGAGAAUGAAGUGGGGGAUGGGCCCCACGGUGGAGGGGAGGGUGACAAGCCAGGGCUGAAGAGGCCCAAGGGGAUUCUCAAGACCAGGGUGACGGAGGAGCAGCGCUCACCCAGCCUGGAGGAGGUGGAGCUGGGGAGUGGUGGAGCGAUGAUGGAGCUCAGGCCAACCAAGGGAGAAGGAAGCUGCUCUAGCCCCGACAGAGAGGAGGAGGAGGAGGAGGAGGAGGAGCCUGCCCUGGCAGGGGGCUCGCCAGCUAAGAUGGUGCCCAGCCUCCCCAAGAAGGGCAUCCUGAAGAACAACCAACAACGGGAAUCAGGGUACUACUCCUCCCCGGAGCGCAGCGAGUCCUCCGAGUUGCUAGGGGGCGCCACCAUGUCCCGGGUCACCGCCUGCAGCUCCCCUCCUAGGAGAGUGGUGGGGAGGAAGGGCAUCUUGAAGCGCAACGGGAAGUAUUCCACCUACAGCGGCCCUCCCUCAGCUGGUGCUCUCGGGGAGCCUUCCUCGGCGGGUGACUCAGGCCUGUCCCGUAGCCAGAGCCGUCCAUCCAGCAUGGUGUUGGAGGACGACGUCCUGUCCCCCAGUUUGUCCCCCGACUGGCCCCCCACCGCCCCCCACCGCCCCAACAUCAGGGCCUGUGUGUCAGCCGAAAACCUGCUGCAACUGGCCAGCUUCAAGGGCUUCCAGGCGGCCCCACCGCUCCACGGGUCAAAGUUCAGCCGGUCCCCCAGAGAGCUGGGGUCCCCGGGGGACAACGGCAGCUUCUCCUUGCUGGGGGACCUGGACGACAUGACUCAGGUGUACCAGCAAGCCCUGGACAUCAGCAGCAACCUCACCUAGCCGGGGAGGGCGGAGGGGGAAGAGAAGAGGCAGCCAGCUGGCCAGGCUGAGGCUAUAACAUCUGUCUCUGUUGGUGUGUAUGUACAGGAAUGUGUAUGUCAUUGACAACCAUUGACCAGUGUGUUGGUGGGAUAGCCUGCCACUUUUGGGAGGUUAUUGUUUUCUUUCCGGGAAUUGAAUCCUUGUUAGAAACUAUAUCAUACACACACUCAUACAUACACUAUUAUGCACUUCUCAGUCAAAGGAAAUUCAGUUAGCAGGGUUUUCAAACGAUGGAGAGAGAAAAACCACUGGCACGAGAGAAUGCCACCCAGCCUGCCUCCUCCAGCCACCCGUAGACUUUGCUGUAUUCAAAUGUUUACAUAUUCAGCAAAAGGCAAGUUAGAAUCACAAUUGCAGCAACCAGAAACUGGUUGGCUCUCGAAGCGAGCCAUGAAUUGAGUUGGAGUUUAAAAAAGCACCUUAGAACUCACACAGAGCACAUGUUUUUUGGGAUCUUUUACUUCCUGUAAAAAACAAACCAGGGUCUUGCGCCAAAAUAACUGACCAUGUUAAUUAUUUAUUCAUAUUUGCGUAGAUUUUAGUUGAAUAGAAAACUGGUGGGUUCUGGCAGUACUGGAAGAGUCCAAAGCUCAUUGUCUCCAACCCUUUGUGUGGAUUGACAUAUAUAAUUAUUAUGUUACCCAUUAAAAUGAAACAUGUAUACAUUAUAUAUUAAUAUGGCCGCAUAAGUAAAACAUGCACCAUAAAAGCGCAUGUCCUGUAAAUUAGCAUAUGGUAUUAGGGAAUAUGUAGGAAGUGCCUUUUAGAUCCAUAUAAAAUUAUGUAUGUCAUUUCCUGAAAGUGGAGAGAGAUGGUUGCCAGGCCAACCUGUCACCAGUUGUGCUGUUUUGAUUCAUAUACAUGAAUGUGGUGAGAGAGACCCAGGACCUUAAUGGAACCCACAGCAGCCUAUAGCCUUACACAGUCACAAGUCACUGGUCACACAGACCUAAAACAGCAGUUUAGAGGAAACAGUCCCGUCUCCGUCCCCCCAAAAACAGUAUCAGGAACAAGAUCCAAGCCCAGAGAGAUGACAGUCUUAAACCAGCCUUUUCAUGCAGUUUGGGGAUUUGGUUUAAACACACGGCCUGGACAGGCGAGCUGGAGAGGUCUGGAGCUGCUCACCUUAGUGAAGGUAGAUGGCUCAGAUGCCCUCUCAUUGCCCUGGAAUGUUCUUGGCAAAUAAACAGCCAUGUCUGUGGUUGUUUUGUCUGUCUGUCUAUAGUGCUGGAGUUGCCUCUGGUUUGAGGGCUUCUCUGUCAAUUGGCAUAACUAGGCUACAGAGUCAUACCAGCUGGAAAUGGCAAAGAAACCCGACACUCUUAGAGAAAAGGUUUCCAAAUUGGUUCUUCAGCUGUCCCCAUAGGAUAAACUUUUUUGGCUCUAGGUAGAACCCUUUUGGAACCGAAAAGGGCUCUUCAAAGGGUUAUCCAAUGGGGACAGCCGAAGAACCAUUUUAUGUUCUAGAUAGCACCGUUUAUUUUUUCUAAGAGUGUCCAUGUCAUGUGUAGACCCACACAAUGCUCAGGUUGUUAUUUGUGGAUGUUAAAGCCUAGUUCAUUUUGAACCCAGGCGCCCCCUCCCACUCCACAAAGGGCUAAGCAGGAGGAUUUGUUUCAGUGCUCUAAUGACACAGCACAUUCCACAGACAAUGACUGGAGACGUGUUGGUGCGGGAGAUGUUAUCGGCACCUGGCAGGGGGGGUUCUGUGGUGUGUGUGCUGUCAGGCCUCCAGCUGUGUGUACAGGGCCAUUAUGUCAACUUAGCAUAAUUAGCCAGCUAUUGUUUCUAUUAGAGGAAAGUAGCGUGUAGCAGAGAGGAAAAUGAUGGUGGAGUGAAAGUGAGAGGUAGAGUGUAGUAGAGGUUUGAGUGUGAAACAAGUGUUGGAGGUAAAGAGAAAUGUUCCUGGUGAUGGUGCGAUUUGAGAGGCCUUUCCUGUUGGAAAGGGCGAAAGAUUUGAAGGAAACAGAUAUGUAGACUAGUGAAAGUGACAUAGAGAAAGUGAGUUCGGAGUAAAAAAGAAAGGAAAUUGAACGUUUUUUUUUUUUUUAAACCAAAGAUGAGAAGAAGCUUCAAUGAUUCAGGGGAUGAAAUGGAUUGGGUUCUGUAUGUGCCCCUGAAACUUUUAACCAUAGAUGGGGAAACCCCAUCUGAAAAUGAAUUCAUUUUACAACAAUAAUAGCCUGGCAGGCUUUUGUUUUGUUUCUACUUUAGUGUUAAGGAAUUGUUUUAAGCCAAACGCUGGAGGCUGUUAAAGAUAGUUGUGUCAUAGGCCGAGUGUGUUCUGUGGAAUGUGUUUGUGUGGCGUGUUUAGAAUGGCCUUAGUGUGCAACACAUUUCAACCCUGGGAUGGGGCGUCAGAUCUGUGACUGAUACUUCCAAUAUAUUAUCAGAACAUGUGUAUGGGAAACUAUAGCAACCCCCACGCAGCAGAAUGAACAUGUUGACUGUUGUCAAAGGUCUGCUGGUGCAAAGUCCUGGGUAUUGAUUGAAACGACAGACCCGUUCUGUAUUAUAUUGCAUUUUAUUGCCCUUUGUAUUGCCUUUUAUUGUCAACUGGAUUUACAGUGAUAAAAUUAUACUAUGUUAGUAUUUUGUUUCAUUACGCUUCUGUUUUUGAUUCUCCAAAAUAUAGAAACUUUAUAUUGCUUUAUGUUAUGGCAGAAAGUAUUUCUUCCCUGAGUUUGGCCGUAAGAGAUCAGAGGACUGAUCUGACGUCAGUGGGAUCUGAAUAUUUCCUCUGUUUUGGUACACCUGAGGGGUGAGAACAGCUGACCUAAGUUCAGUCAUAUUGCGGUGUUGUACCUGUGAACUUACAUCACGUAGAUAGAGAACCAACUGUGUUAUAGAGCCUGGUGACCCAACCACAGAGAACAGGGCCUUGUACAUUUGUACACUUCCAAAGAAAGAGGUGCCCAUUGACACCCCCCAAAAGGGAACUCCAUGGCCUCUUGUUAUGUCCGUGACCUCUCUAAAAUGCUAACACAUAGCAUAACACAGGGAUAAACACAUACUUGUAGGUGCCAUCACAUUGACAACCACUUGUUUGACCCCAGACAGGUCAUGGUAAGACUCCAUCUGUACCAAAGCAGGGAAUUCCUAAACUAAGGGAGUGAUAUCAGGAAAAACAAAGGAAAGAAUCUGAUUAAACUCUAUCUGCCAAACUGGAAUUAACUGGUGCAUAUCCGUUAGUAGCAGAAGGUCUAAUCAUAGGGAAACCUGACUGGAUAAUGGUAUUAAGACAAUAAUAAUAAUAGUAUUAUUAUGUUAUUUAAGUAUUAUUUUUGUUACGGCUCAUUCUUUUUCUUGGCUGUUGCCAUGGUUCUGAUUUUGAUAUGGUAUCAGUUGGUGAACCUGGACUGCCAAGGUGCUUUAUGUUGAAUGCCCUUUCUAUAUUGUAUGAUCCAGGUAUUUCUUUGUUGAUAAUGCUAAUUAUUAUCAAGGUGUUUUUUUUUUAUACUUGUAUUUAUUGGCGAUUAAGCCAUUUGAUUUGAUGUAUAAAGCUACUCUGUCCAUGCUUUGGCCUGCUUGGGGAUGUGUUCAUAACGUAAAUGGAGAGACGUUAUUGUCUGGGAUACAGCCUUAAGGGAGUGAUGAUGUCUCAUUUCAUUGUGAAAGCAUUGGCCGAGUAUGUGUUUUGGGAGUUACAAUCUGAUUUCAUCGUGUAUGAAUAAGUCUCAAGACAUUUUCUGGUGAGGAACCAAACGUCAUGUGUCCCUCUACUACAAACCGUCUACUGUAGUACUGUACCAACUCAAAUAAAUGGAUCACGUCAAAGAA